UAAGGAGAAAAGGUUUGAACAUCAUCACUUUGUCCGUCAGAGGGAGUCAAGUUUCUUAUUCAGCGCUUCUUCCCAUAUUCACUGAAGUACUGCUUACUGCGUCGUCGGGCUGGAAAGGGAUCUUGCUUGACAACUGUUUUCACUCAGUUGCUGUUGAGACCUAUGUUGAUAGCCGCCCGAAUCACGCUCAAACGUCAGUGCGCUUCAAGGAACCGCCGCCUCCACUCGGGUUGAAGAAGUUGAUUCAUGAUUUCUAGGAAGUACAGUAUUACUUCAUUUACUACCUGGAUUAACUCGUAGAAUACCACCAAUUUUCCUGGUCACCCUUCUUGGUGUAACAUUUUGCCUGUCAGAAACUAUGCUGUGGAAACUAGCAGAUAACGUGAAGUACGAGGACGACUGCGAGGAAAGGCACGACGGGAGUAGCAAUGGGAACCCCCGGUUACCUCACCUCCCCGCGGUGAGCCAGCACCUUUAUAGCCCGUCGCCGUCCCUCUCCCACUCGGCCAGCUCAGAAUUCCAACCUCCGUAUUUUCCGCCUCCCUACCAGCCUAUAUCAUACCCCCAGUCCAGUGACCCCUACUCGCACCUCGGCGACCCUUUCAACAUCAACUCCAUACACCAGUCGUCGAACCAGCAGCAAUCAUGGCCGGGGAGACAGGGUCAAGAAGGACUCGGACCUCAUUCGCGAAGCGGACUCGCUAGUCAGAUUCUGGGCCUGGAAGGCGGCUCGUCCGCCUUGAGGAGAGAAGGUUUCCGCCGGCCGGAGCUGCUAUCGCCUCACGCCCAUAGCAUCGAGUCAUCCGUCAUUGGUGAUAAUAUAGGACUACACGAAAUGGGCCAUGGCCUGGACGAUGUUCAACAUGUAGAUGAUCACAGUAUUAUAAUGGCAGAUCAGACGGUCAUCAAAAAAGUACUAGGACUACGAGGGGGCAGGAACUUUGAUCACUUACAGAGGACUUAUUAUGAGGGGGGCAUUCUUGCUGGUGAGGACGAAGGCCCCAUGUCUCUCCCCAAGGGCAACUCAUUGGGCCUGCCCUUCCAGAAGGAGUCCCUGCUAGGCAUGGUGUCCAACCCCACCGAGGUGUUCUGCUCGGUGCCCGGACGACUCUCGCUUCUCAGCUCCACCUCCAAGUACAAGGUGACAGUGGCAGAGGUGCAGCGGCGUCUGUCCCCUCCCGAAUGCCUCAACGCCUCCCUGCUGGGGGGAGUCCUGCGCAGAGCCAAGUCUAAAAAUGGUGGCCGGUCAUUGAGAGAGAAGCUGGACAAGAUUGGGCUCAAUCUGCCCGCUGGAAGGAGGAAGGCUGCUAAUGUCACCCUGCUAACUGCACUGGUAGAAGGUGAAGCCCUUCACUUGGCAAGGGAUUUUGGCUACGUGUGCGAGGCAGAGUUUCCGGCAAAGGCCAUCGCUGAUUACCUGUGUCGACCACAUGUGGAACGCAAUGAGGUCAACUCCCGCAAGAACAUGCUCCUUGCUGCCAAGCAAAUCUGUAAGGAGUUCACCGACCUGCUGACUCAGGACCGCUCGCCUCUGGGGAACUCGCGACCGGCGCCCAUCCUGGAUCAGGGAAUCCAGAGCUGCCUGACCCACUUCAGCCUCAUCACCCACGGAUUCGGCUCACCCGCCAUCUGCGCCGCCAUGACCUCCCUCCAGAACUACCUGAACGAGGCCCUCAAACAGGUGGACAAAAUGUACCUGAGCUCUGGCAGCGACACGCAGGGCUCCUCCGACAACGGUAGCAAAGCCUCCGACAAAAUGGAGAAGCACAGGAAAUGAGGAAAUGCUCUCCCGUUGGACUGUAUAGCCCCCCUUUCCCCUUUGGACUACUUUGACAUCCUAUUUAGUAGCGAAAUUGGUCGAUAUGAUUCCGAUUCUAGAUCGUUUGGGUUUUCGCACAGUUGAAUUUACAAUUUCCCCUAUUAUGGCCUGUGCUCUUUUACGAGUAGAGUUUUUCAAAAGACUUGUCCUUUCUUUUGCCCUGUUACUACCAUUGGCUGGUUUCAAUGCGAGAUCGACCUACCUUGGUGCCUACUGUAAUAGUAGGUGCUUAAGCUGCUUACAGCCAAAGGGCCUGGACUCUGUUGACAUGGGGAAAGGAACAGAAAACAGACUUUGUUGUUUCCCUAUAGGACAUAAUUUCAAGAUGGGUCGCUGUGGCUGUAAAUUCUUUUCAGCUUUUUUUCCCUCCUCUUCUGUCUGGAGACAAAUCCUCUGAUUUCCUGUGUCUCUUCCGCGGUGCUCAGUUCCCAUUGGACUUACCAAAGGACACUUUUUUUUACUGGAGAUAAGAAAAUCCACUUCAUUCUUGUUUUCUUUGUUGCUUAAAUUUUCAUAACGACUUCAAUGGGUACAGUGUUAUUGUGCUUUGUUCAUGGGAGUUUCUUUAGUAGGUCUGAUUUAAAAAAAAGAGCCUGUUUGUUUGUCUACGUUCCCCAGAAACUUUAAGAUGAUUUGCAAUGGCAGCCAUUCAGUGUUCGAUAAGGGAUGGUUACUUGUGGGCUGUGACAAAAACCACAGCAAUGGGGUCUUUGUUAAUUUUAAUCCUGUCUUUAAGUACUUACAUUGCCCAUUGGUUCCUUUAGUAUUUUUACAGUUUGCAAUGUAAAAGGAAUCAGUCCCCGACAAGAUUAGAUAUCCCUCACCUUCAGUACAAACUAUUCCAUGUUGAUGUUAACUGUAUCCAAUCAUAAUCAGCCAUUUUCAUCUAAAUUGUAUCUCUUCCAGCCAGUACACCAGCAAGUGUGUAUGUGUUAUGUUGUGUGAGCGUGUGUCUGUGUAUGCUAAAUGUAUAUAUUUCUUUUGAAAAAUAGUGUUUUUAAUUAGAAAAUGAACUACAAACAGAGGACC